AUGGCAUUCUCUAAAUAUGGACAGGAGAUCAUUGACAAGAGAACAAAAGUCUACUCAAUACCUCCGUUCACGACACGCAUUGAUAAGCUAGAAAGUUUGGCUGAGAAAGUACUAAGUCCAGAGGCGUUUGGAUUCGCUGCUGGCGCAAGCUCAACUCACAAAACCCUGCAAGCCAAUCUCGAUAUUUUCAAUGAGUAUCGAAUUAUACCACGCAUGCUAAGAUCUCAAACUAAUGCAUUGGAUUUGAAACGCAAGAUAUUUGGGCGAUGGCUGCCUGCACCAAUCACCAUGGCCCCGAUUGGGCUGCAUAAGCUGAUAGACCAGUCUGAAGGCAAAGGAGAAGAGAGCACUGCCAAAGUCUUUGGGGAAUUGGGAUUACCAUUCAUUCUGAGUACAGUUGCAAGCACUUCUUUGCAGGAUAUAGCGCAGGCCAACGGGAAGGAGAAUCCGCGUUGGUUUCAGCUCUAUAUGACCAAGGACGUGAAGUUUAUGGCAUCAAUGAUCGAGACAGCCAAGCGUGAAGAUUACGAGGCCCUUGUCGUCACAGUUGAUACAUGGGAGGCAGGAUGGAAGCCACGCGAUCUAGACAAUGGAUUUUCUCCAUAUCCGGCGUCUACGGGGUCAGCAAUUGCAAAAAAUGACGCCUACGUACAGUCAGUGCUAGGAUUUGAUACAUCAUCGCCAACUUUGACCGAGUCACAGAAGCGUGAAGUUGCUAACUAUCACCUUGACCAAAUUGUAUCCGACCAGAGCCCUACAUGGGACAAACUAGCUCAUGUGCGGUCCUUAUGGGGUUCAGGUCCAAUGAUCGUCAAGGGUAUUCAGCACCGCGACGAUGCGAUUGCAGCUGUGGAGAAUGGUAUGGACGGAAUUAUUGUUAGUAAUCAUGGUGGCCGACAAGUGGAUGGUGCUAUCCCAUCUCUUCAAGCUCUGCAACAGAUUGUAGACGCAGUCCAAGGCAAAAUCACGAUCGGUUUCGACUCUGGUAUUAGAUGUGGCAGUGAUAUUUUCAAGGCGAUCGCAGUCGGUGCUGAUUUUGUCUCCAUUGGACGCCCAGUGCUAUGGGGCUUAGCACUGGCUGGCAAAGAAGGGGUUCGACAUGUUAUGAGGACAUUACUUGCCGACUUUGAAAUGCAGUUACGAAUGGCAGGAUGUAAUGGAAUAGAUGAUGUUACAAGAGAAUGUCUUGCAAACAAAAAGGGCGAUUAUUUUGCACCAAAAUCACAAUUAUAGAUCUAAUAUAGCAAUCUUUAUACCAUGUAGUUAAAAGUUAAAAAUAUCCAGCCCCA